UUGGCGGUCUAACCAAUUCCAGCUUGGCUUAGGGACCAUGGGCCCUGCUGCAGGCUAGAGCAGACUCCCAUCGAGAGGUCUCUGGAGACUUUGAUACCCUAGGCAGGAGAAACUUCCUGGGCCAUCAGGAUUAAACAGGAGGGCCUGCUGUGAGGGACCCUUAUCCUUCCUGCGCCCCAGUUUGCCAGACCUGAGGAUGCGCCAGUCGCCUGCAAGCCCAAGAAAAGGAAUGCUGCUAGCUGAUGGCCUUGGUGCACCUCCUCUUCUCAGACCAGGUGGUUCUGGCUUUUCUACCCUUUCACACUAAGUCUCUCCACUCUGUCUCCAUGGGGUGGAUGGACACUUCCUACUGCUGGCUUACAGGGCACACUGCCUAAGGUGACUCUGAGACAUAAAAGGAAUGUAGCUUUUUGGCCACGAUUGGUUCCUCAAGCUGCCGGAUUACCUGCUGGAUCUGGAUGACCAAGUUCUUGGGGACAAACACCAGGAGUGGUGUGAAGCAUCCUUCCUGGGCGCCAUACAGUUUGUGACGCCCUUCUCCACCAUUCGGUAAAUUUCUUGGAGUGUGUCUGCUUGGGGACCCCACAAUCGCGUAGUCUUGUUGCUAGAGUAUCCGGCGAGACACAUCUUGAAAGGUCAUGUCUAUGAAAGGAAUUGGGAUAGAAGUGUGGUAUUGAUCAAAUCCAGGGAGACUUGGUGGCCCUGCCAGACCCUCUCCAGCCAAUCCCUGAGGUAAGCUUACUGGGAAAUGUCUAGGCUACCACUUAAAUCCGGUAGAAGUGAGCCCAGUCCAGGUAGUCGGAGAAAAACGGAGCCUAAAAGCCAAUCAGGACCAGGAAAAGUCCCAAGGGACACCUGGGCAAAGUUACCCUGAGUCCAGCUACCGAAACCCGGUCCUCAGAGGCUAGGCCUUCCCUCAGCAAGCUCCGUUUCUGCGGGCAGCCUCGUCUUUUCGCCAUCAAACAUUGCGGGUGUUAUCUUAAUACCCUGAAGGGGGGGAAUACGGGUCGGGGGGAUGUAGGCGGUGCUGAAAUGACCGGCUUUGAAGAACCUGCAGGCAAAAUUUCGUCCAAUCGUCUGAGCCUGUCCUCUUAUUCCGGGUUGUAACUAAAUACUGUUGCAAGAGCAGCCGAAGCCCUUUGUUGGAGAUGUGUGAGCGCAGUCUCUACAGAGCGGGCUAUGUGGGCUCGCUUCUGAAUCUGCAGGCUCCCGACUCUUUCUACUUUUCCAACCUGCGACCCAAUGGAGGUCAACUGGCCUCACUUCCCCCCAUCUCCCCUUACCCGCGCGGUGCGCUGCCCUGGGCCGCCACGCCCGCCUCGUGCGCCCCCGCUCAGCCCGCCAGCGCCACUGCCUUUGGAGGCUUCACGCAGCCCUACCUGGCUGGCUCGGGGCCUCUUGGUCUGCAGCCUCCAGGCGCCAAGGACGGAGCCGAAGAGCAGGUCAAGUUCUAUGCGGCCGAGGCAGCCCCGGGGUCCGAGGAGCGCGGCCGCAGCAGGCCGCCCUUGGCGCCCGAGGCCAGCCUGGCCCCUGCCGCCGCGGCUGCGCUCAAAGCGGCCAAGUACGACUACGCGGGUGUGGGCCGAGCCGCGCCGGGCUCAGCGACCCUGCUGCAGGGGGCCCCCUGCGCCGCCGGCUUCAAGGAAGACUCCAAGGGCCCGCUCAACUUGAACAUGACAGUGCAAGUGGCGGGUGUCGCCUCUUGCCUGCGAUCUUCGCUGCCCGACGGCCUGCCAUGGGGGGCCGCCCCAGGGAGGGCCCGCAAGAAGCGGAAACCGUACACGAAGCAGCAGAUUGCAGAACUGGAGAACGAAUUCCUCCUCAACGAAUUCAUCAACCGGCAGAAGCGCAAGGAAUUGUCUAACAGGCUGAACCUCAGCGACCAGCAGGUCAAAAUCUGGUUCCAGAAUCGGCGGAUGAAAAAGAAGCGUGUGGUGCUGCGCGAGCAGGCGCUGGCGCUCUAUUAGCUGCGGCUGCGCCAGGCCUGCCCUUCAGGACCGAGGCCUGGCGUGAGGAGGAGGUGCCGGAGCUCCAGCCUUCUCUGCGGGUCCCACAUAGCCUUCCACUCAAUCUGCAGCCCCAACGGGCAGCAAGAGAUUUGGAGAUGAGGCUAGCUGGGCCCCUCUGCAUUCUCUGAGAAGUAGCUCCUAAGGGAUGUUUGGGGGAUUUCAAGCCAACAUUGGCUUUAAAGGACUCCACGUGGGGCCUGGGGUCACCUGUCCUUGCUGUUGUCUGUAACACUUGCAUCCAGGGCUCACUAUUGAAUCCUUAUACUCUGACUUCUCCAGGUUGCAAACUGUUAGUUCUCUUUUAACCCCUUGCUCUAGCUCUUUCCAGGCGUAACAGGCGCCUAGCUAGAGCUGAGAGAGGAAGGGAACAUAGGAAGUCUCCCGAGCCUUGGUCGCAGUGGAAAGAGCUACAGAUAACUUCAGUCUCUUGAGCAGAAACCCUUUGUGCCAAAGCCAGAUUUCCAUCCUGAAGAAAGCAAAACGCUUAAUUUUCCCUCCCGUCUGCCCUGGAUAAUUCGGGGGAGACAAAAGCCACCCUAGACCUCAAACUUGGGGAAAGGAGACUGAGUAUUUUGGAAUCUCAGCCGGGAAAAUCUCAGCCUUUCAGAUGAGUAGAAUGGUCUACAAGACUUCCUUCUCAGAAAUGAGAUAAGAGAGGCUGGAAUAACAGAACAAACCACAAUCUUUAGGCAAGGCUGGCAAAAUUCUCCCACAUCUCCAACCUCAUGCCUGGGCCAAGCCCAUGUGCCUCGUAACUAGACCCCCGUAGCUGAGCUGUGGUCAGGGUAGAGCUACUGGUCUGCUUUGAGGCUUCGCUGCACAAAGAAGAGGAAAUGAUAUGCCUGGG